AUGUCACAGCUACGAGUGGCAGAUACAGCAUUCAUCACAAAUCUGACUAAGUCUGACGCAGGAAAGUACAGAUGUGUUUUGCAGAGAACUUUAACACCGUUCCCAUCAUACUGGGAGGUUGAGAUCAGAGUUGAAGAAGCAUCGGUCCCAUCAGCCUCCACUCUGACUACAACACAGUGUUUGAGCUUCAGUACAGGAAGCUACACACCUUCAUCACCUUCCCCGGAAGGCACAGCUGAAGCUGCUCUGAUGUAUGUGGGUCUGUCUCUGGCCGCCGUGAUUAUCUUGUUCUUAUUUGCUGCGCUGAUGUACUGCAGGAAGCAGGCCAGUAUAGGCAAAGAACCUCCUGUGGAAACUGAGGAUUCUAAUGUCCCAGAGGACAACAAUACGUAUGAGGAGAUCAGAGAGGAGGACAGACAGAGCCAACCUCCUGUAGAAGUAUCUACAGGUUACACAUACACCAAACCAAAUGGAGUCAAACCCACAGAUGAGUACAGCUUUGCCACUGCAGCCACUUCUCUGGAGACAAUUGAAGAUUCCGGUAAAGUAAUUUACUCUGAGGUAGAUUUUGCCGACGGUACGGCUGCCUCGCUCAACAGCGCCCCCUGUGGUGGUGCAGAUAAGGUUGUCUACUCUGCGCCUCAGGUAGAAGAGCGUUCGUUCGUGUGGCAGCAACACCGAAGACAGUUCAUCUCCCCUGUACUCCUUUGUUACUGCACAUCAGCCGUAGCUCAGACGCUGUCAACGCCACAUGCUCCAUCAGUGGCCAGCAGGGGAACUCAAAGUGGUUUGAAUGAGUAA